AGGAGGGCAACACUUUUUUACUCCAGAGUUACACGAGAAUAUAUAAGCUAGUCAGGCAAAAUCAUCUGAAUUUCUGAAGCAGUUUUAGUUGUUGCCUACCUUUCGUAUUCAACGCAGAAAAUGGACUUCGACUUGCCUCCUUCUAUCCCAGUGAGCGGUAUCCCAUGGGAACGGGUUCUCCCGCCGUUAUUUCCACGGUUAAACGGGACGAUUGGACCUUAUUCAUGGACACCUACCGAAUUUUUAAUCCCCGUUACUAAGCAAACAGGAGCAGCAAAGGUUACCUGUGAUCACAAUGGAUUUACAGUGGAAGUUGAUGUAAAACACUUCAGUCCUGACGAACUGCUAGUUAAGGUGUCAGGAGAUUAUGUUGUGGUUGAAGGAAAACAUGAGCAAAAAAAGGACGGCUCAGGCCUGGUAACGCGUCAGUUUAACAGACGAUACCGGAUCCCAAACGGAGUAAACAUCAUGGCUCUGGAAUCAGCAAUGUCACCUGAAGGAAUGCUAGUGAUUACAGCACCUCUGACACAGACAAUUACUGAACACUGAUCAAUCACACAAGACCAUGAUGCUGGAUUUGGUGGUUUAUGAGGACUCUCCAAAAGUGUAAUGUAUUUUAUAGACUAUUUUGAGCAAUGGUCUUAAUGUAUUUCUCAUUUUACAUCUUUAAAUUCCAUAGCAUAGCUUCAAAGAAUCCAAAAAGCUCCACAUAUCGAUAAAUUAUGUUAUGAUAGCUGUUGUAACAUUAAGAUAUGAUUGGAUUGCCUCUUGUUACAAUUAUGAGAUAGUCUGACAACAUGCAGGAAAUGUUCAUGGGCCACUGAUAUCACCACAUUGAAAUGGUAUAGUGUGUAAAAACCACUUAUUAUAAGACCUGACCCCACCUCUACCUCUAAACCCAACCUCAUUGGAAAUUUGGAAUGUGAAAAGACCCCAUUAAUUAUGAUUAACAGUUUUGAAUUACAAGGACACAAUGCAUGUCCUCAUAACCCCCCUUAACAUUGUAAUACUUAGCUCAUAGCCAUGCCAUUGUGUAUUUGUGUCCUCAUAAACCACCAAAACCAACACACACACACAUAUUUUUUGCCUUCAUUCACAGUUUUAGCUCUUAACGCUAAAUGCAAGGCACUUAAAGCUCUUGUUGGUUUUCACAUUAUGCAAUAGCAAAGACCAAAGCAGACUUCUCCUCUCACUCCCUCUUGUGGAUGAACCACUCACAUUAACUGCUGGUUCCAUACUUGAUUCCAAGCCAGCAACAUUGAGUCACAUUUUCUUCACCCUUGCAGUUGGUUUAGCAAGCAAAGCUUAGCAUUAACAGGUCUUCUGAUCCACAGUCACACAAACUCACAGUCAGAUUGAAUUUAUGAUGGGAAUGUAUGACGAUUGAUAUUAUUUUGUGUCAGUUUCUUGCACAGAUUGUUCGGUUUAUCUUGUUGGGUUACGUCGGGAUUGUACAUAUUUUUAAAAAUGAAAGUAAAUGUCAUUUCCUUUAUAUAGUAUUGGUGUGAUGUACAGUUUGAAUGUCAAUAAAUCUAAUGUGGAAUCUUA